AUGUUCCCCGAACCCGCCUCCCAGGAAAUCGACUGGAACAAGUUAAGUCUCAAGGGCCUUGACUUAACCUCCCAUGUCGAAUCCCAUUACUCCACCAAAACUGGGGAAUGGUCUGCGCCUGAAAUUGUGGCGUCACCAUACCUGAAGGUCCAUGGCUUGUCGCCCGGCUUGAACUACGGACAGCAGUGUUACGAAGGACUGAAGGCCUGUCGCACCGCCGACAAUCAGAUUCUACUCUUUCGCCCGAAAGAACACGCCAGCCGCAUGCACCACUCGGCAAGCACGGUCUCCAUCCCCAACGUACCCGAAGAGCACUUCCUCGCCUGCGUCAACCUAGUCGUGGCCGCUAACUCGACUUUCGUCCCCCCUCACGAAAGCAACGCCCUCCUAUACGUCCGUCCAGUGGCCUUCGGGUCCGGUCCACAACUCGCUCUCACCUCGCCGAGUGAGUUCACCUUCGCGGUAUUCAUUCUCCCAGGCUCUGCCUACCACGGCGUCAUGGCCCAGGAUGCUUUGGUCUGCGAAGGCUUUGACCGUACUGCGCCUCUCGGGGUAGGCAAUGCCAAGGUUGGCGGAAACUAUGCUCCCGUCAUGAAGUACACCGACCAGGCGCACCGUGAAGGCUUUAGUCUGCUUCUCCACCUCGAUAGCCUUACUCACACUGAGAUCGACGAGUUCUCUACAUCUGGCUUCUUGGGUGUCAAGGCCGGCGACAAGCCUACUUUAAUUGUUCCCAGCAGUCGCAAUAUUCUUCCCAGUGUUACGACUGAUACUUGCAUUGAAGUUGCCAAGUCACUUGGGUGGAAGGUUGAGAAACGGGCAGUCAAGUUCGAUGAAGUUCCGUUCCUGGACGAAGUUAUGGCGGUCGGAACUGCGACGCUACUUCUGCCUAUCAAGUCUAUUACGAGGAGGUCUACGGGCAAGAAGAUCUUGUUUAAUGAAGGAAAGCCUGAAGCUGGCCCGUGUUGUGAGACCCUUCGCAAGGCGAUUGAUGAUAUCCUCCGCGGCAGAGGGCAGGGCCCUGAAGGCUGGAGCGUGGCCGUUAAGGAAGUCUGA